AUGGAAUUAUUUGAGAAAUUGAAUGCUGCCAACAAACUGCCUUCUCUAAUUGUGUUGGAUCUGGAUUAUACGAUAUGGCCGUUAUGGAUUGAUACGCAUGUCUCUGGACCUCCUUUCACAGCAGAUCCCUCACGUCCUUACACUGUCAGCGACAGACGAGGAAAUGAGAUCAAACUUUACGAAGAUAUACCUGCCAUAUUAAACUUAGUUAAAAACUUUCCCGAUAUUAAGAUGGGAUUGGCAUCUCGGACUUCGGAACCAACAUGGGCAAGAGAUGUUGUAUCCAUAAUGCCUUUUCCUUCAAACGAUGCAUCGGACGAAUCACAGAAAACCACUCUAUCAGACUUUUUCGACUAUUCAGAGAUAUACCCAAGUUCAAAAGUACGACACUUUAAGAAAAUGCACAAGGACUCUGACAUUCCAUAUGAGAAUAUGAUAUUCUUCGACGAUGAAAUGCGAAAUAAUGAUGUACAACAUCAGCUUGGCGUCCAAUUUGUGAAUGUGCCCCAUGGAUUGACAAUGCUUGGGUUCUUACGGGGCAUAGAGCGGUAUGCUGAUAACAGGACGGAUUAA